UUUUUUUUUUGGAUUUGUAUAAUACGCUUGAUAUAUAUAAUUAUUCACUUGACAGCAUAUAAAUAUAAAUAUAUAUAAAUAUUACAUAAGCAUUUAAGUUAGCAUGGUUCAAUCAAAAGAAGAACAACAUUUAAAUAAUUGUGUUACAGACUUUAUUUUAAUAAGUUAUGAUGAUGCGAACGAUAAAAACCUAGUUCAUAAAGCCAUUGGAAUAUAUAAGAAUGAAGAGGAUGCAUAUGCAGCAGCUAUUAUCAACCAGAUGCAAUCAAUCGAACAUAGUUCAGAAAAAUGGCUAAAAGAUAAUAUUUUUGAAAGACAAGAACAAAUUACUGAUUUAUGUCAAGUUUUAAAAGAUAAAUCAAAUACAUAUAAAGAACGAUUCAUAUACAUGACGAAAAAAUGCACUCAACUAUUUAAAGAUCUUCAAUAUACUCAUCUUUUAGUUUUAUCUAUUCAGAAUAAUAAUGAUCUAUUAUCGCAAUCAAUAAAUGAAUCCAUCUUUAAAACAAAAGUACAAAAUUUCCUAGACAAGUUCCAGGCGAAAUCAGAUAUAGAAGAAGAAGAUUUAGGGAAUAGUGACGAUGAGGAGGAAGAAGAGGAAGAAGAAGAUGGCGAAGAAGAAGAUGGUGAACAAGAAGAUGGUGAACAAGAAGAAGAUGGUGAAGAAGAAGAAGAAGUGGAUUUAGAAGAAGAUACUGGUGGAGAAGAAGAAGAAGAAGAAGAAGAGGAGGAGGAGGAGGAGGAGGAGGAGGAGGAAGAGGCAGUUCUUGAUGAUAAUGAUGAGGCUGAAGAAGAGAAUGACGAAGAGGAGGAACAAACUAAUAGUAGUACAACAAUACACGAAACUAGUGAUAGUGAGGAAUCAGAGGAAGGUGAAGAACAAAACAAUGCAUUAAAAAGAGAUAUAUCCGUAUUGGAAGAGGAUGAAGAUGAAGAAGAUGAAAUAGAUGAAGACGGCGAUGAAGAUGAAUUAGAAGAUGAUGAUGAACUAGUUAAAAAGCGCCAAAAUAUGAAUAAUUUCGUUGAAAAAACAGAGCAACAACAGCCAGUCCAAAGCAUUAUUACUCCACCCAUCUCACCUGUACAAACAAGUAAUAAAAAUUCAUUUAAUGUCGUGCCUGGUCAAUCUGGCUUACCUUGGUUAGCUCAUGAUGCUAAUGCUGAAGAUUUUACACCAACUAGUAAUAGUCGUACUGAUGUGCCGUUAGUUUCUCCACCUCCAAAAUUUACAGCACGUCCUCCUCGAAAGGCUUCUAUCAUUAGGCUUCCGACACGAAAGAGAACUAUUCAAAAGCAGAUUUAUAGUAUGAAAGAUGGGAUAGACCCUAUUAGCCUGUUUCGCAGUAUUAAAAAAGUUGAAACUAAUACAGGGAAAGGUUAUCAAAAAAUUGAUGCUAACUUCAAGUUCCCUACUAAAAUUAAAAAUCAAUUCAAAUCAUCAAAUGGUGUACAGGAUGCAUGGAUGUCCUUUAGACAAUAUAGUCGUGAAAAUAGUUUAAUUCAUGAAGACUUUGUCGAAUUUAUUGAGAACGCUAUUAUACCAUCAUUGCACAAUAUGUUAAAGGAUAUUGAUCAAAAAAUGCGAUCUUUAAGAAAAAAUAAAGCAUUAAGAACAACUGUACUUUAUAACUGUCGUGAAAAAGUAGAUAAGAUCAUUACCCGCUAUAAUUUCGAUAUUCAUUCUACCCUUAAUAAGCAAGAAAAGGCAAACGAUUAUUAUGUCAUACCUAAAAGAGAUCCUUUGUUAGUCAAAUAUGCUGUAAUUCAUACAAUCAGAAACAUGUAUAAGCAAGAAAACCGCUUACAUCAAGAGUUCCUCCAUACACAGGAUGCUUAUCGUCAGUUUGAGCAACAAAAAAUUAUUAAUGUUUAUCGUAAUGUGUUUCAAAGUUUUGAAGAAUAUCGUUGUCAAAAACAUUUAGAAAACUUGGAAGGAAUCACUAAAGCAGCUAAUAUUUUUAAUGCCAUUGAAACAGACUCUGAAUGGAUGGAUUUUGUUCAUCAUCAUGAUAAUGAACUAGUUAAACAAACAGCUGCUUUUAAAGACAUGAAUCAUCUUGAUUUCCCAAAUGCUAACCAUCGGCUUGCUCAACCAUUGAUUGCAGGAUAUUUGCAAAGAUUAAAUGGAAAGGGUUGGAGUCGAGGGUACUAUAUCAUAAGUCCAGUGGGUAUAUUGUAUCGUUUCGCUUCUGAAGAUGGCCUGAUGGAAUUACCUAUGAAUCCUGAGUUAUCCAUAUUUUUACCUCAAUCUGAAGCGUUUAUUGACCCUUUAACCCACUUAUUCAAGUUGAAGGGGAAAAUAAUAAAUGGGUUAUUUAAAAGUAGAAGAGUACUCCAAUUAUCUUCUACUGAUCCUAAUCAUAUUCAACAAUGGAUCCAAAUUAUACGUUCUAUGGUUAUUAAACAUGAAGAAGUUAGUAUGAAUUCACCAAAUCAACAAGCAGCAAAUAAUAUUAUUGAUCAUAGUUCAUAUUCUCAGCAAAAUGCUCCUGUUAAAACUACUAAAUCAUCUCCCCAACAAGCUAAAGAAAGUAACAAUAAUAAUUAUAAUAAUAAUUCAUCCAAGCAAACAAAUCAAAAUCAGGCGAUACCUACAAAUGAUAAAAAUCAACCACAAAACUUAAAUGGAUUAUUUGACCAAAAUACUUGUAUGUAUAAUAGUAAACAUCAAAAUACACCUUAUAAUAGUAAAGCUGUUACUGCUGGAGGUGAUACCAGAGAACAGCCGCACCAAAAUGAAGCUUUAGAUAUGAAGCCAAUGACUGUGCCAAAUAAUAAAGAAGAAUCUACUGGAAAUGAUAACCACCUUAUUAAUAACUCGUCCAUGUUCAAUCAUAACAACGUAUCACAGCCCUAUAAUACUUACACUGAAAAGGGUCAGAAUUAUAAUCCUCAGAUUAAAAAUCUUAAUUAUGAGAAUACUAGAAAUAUCUCUUCUAUGAAUACUUCUUCUCCUACUACUACAACUGAUUAUGAAAGAAAUAACAAUGAUUAUAGCGAUAGUUCAGUUAUUACACCAACGAAUAACCGUUCAACUCGGCUUGGAUAUACUAAAGUUAACGAUCAACAAGUAAACAAGUUGCCUACACGAGAAGGAAAUGAUGUAUUCUUUGAUGCUACAAAUGGCUAAGA